AACUUAACCAUUGUAUAACCUUUAUUGUAUCCAACAUUUAUCACAAUUUUCAAAGCUUUUAAAAAAGAAGCUCGAACAGCUCCAGUUGUCUAGUCUAUGGCAUCCGGUACGACAAGUCAUUAACUUUUUUGUGCACCAACAUUGUCACGUUACUCUCAGAAAAUCAUCAGAAAAUAUUGUUUUAUUAAAUUGUUUAAAUAAAUAUGCAGUGAAUAACUAUGUCAAAGUUAUGUAGACAAGUGAUUACAGUGAAAAUGAGUGUGAUUGACAGGCAAAAUCAUGUUCUUAGCGGUGAUCCGCCUAAUGUAAACAAUGCGCCGGCGGCGGUCCGGCGCUCACUCCACAGCGACUCGUAUUCAGUUUUGGGACUUAUGUUUUAAACAAGUAAGGUAACAAGAACCUCAGGUAUGUUGCGUUUAUUGUUAUAUAAUAACCAAACAAGAUUAUUUAGACAAAUCUCAGUGUCAUACAUUCAUAUAUCGAAAUGGCGGAAGAGUACAACUUCCGUUUUGUUUUACUGUCAAACUCUAUUGUUUGGAUCAACACCGUCUCAUGGACAGAGUAUCAUACCGUCUCUUUCUUUCGCUGUUAUUAACCAUACUUUAGAAAGAGUGGGUUAUACUUUACCGUACUAGUAAUACUGACUGACGCUUUAUGUGUGCCAGACUUUAUGACCAAAACGUUUGAAUUGUUUAUAUAUAUAUUUUUUUUUCUAUGCUGGCACUUUCCGGUUGCCCAUAAACUAUGUUCGUUUUUUCUCUCGUUUGAAUACUGGUCUCGAAGUAAAACUAUCGUUAACAAGUGCGUCGAAAUUACUCUUAUUUUUUCGCGAGUGCUGUUAAAAUGGGAAAAAGGAAGAGAGAUAAAGAAAAAGAUGAAGUUUAUAUUAAGAAAAAGAUAAAAAAACUUCAAGAAAAGCUGCAAAGACAUUCCGUCGAACCAGAUCGCAGUUCUACUCCUCCUGUACAACCGCAGUCGAAGACUCCGCAGCAGCCGCCGACAGAAGACUCUUCACCAUCACCGGCGUCUUCACCGUUGCAUACUAGGCCACACGAUGACCCUGAUAUAAAUGCAGAAAUUGUGGACGAUGAACUCCCUGAGGAGUUCCUACUUGCUCUGGGGACUGAAGGUCAGGAACAGGCAGAAGUUGGAAACCCUAUCAGACCUGAAUUGGCCUCCCGCUGGACAAAAAUUAUGAAUGACGGCUUGGGUAAAGAGGCUAGAGAAGCAAUUGUGAAAAAAUACCCUCCACCAGCCAAUUUUUCUGCUGCAAUAGCACCGAUAAUUAAUCCAGAGAUUGCGUCUACACUCUCAGAUCCCUCGGUCAAAAGAGAUAAAAGGAUUAUGAUAAGACAGGGCUUAACAGGCACAUUAUUGUCUUGCCUAGGAAAAUGCUUAACUGACGUUUUACUAGGAAAUAUUAACUCUAAAAAGUUAAUUGAAGAAAUCAAUGACGCUGCGAAGUUGGCUGGGGAAAUCCACCACCAUGAUUCAAAUUCGAGAAAAUUCUUUUGUUUGGCUGGAGCGAAUAAAACCAUCCAAGAUGCUAUUCGUCAUCAAAAGACCGAUAAGUUUUUAUUUGGUACAGAUUGUGCUGACAAGAUCAGAGCUGCACAAACAAUCCAGAAAACUUCAAAUACUAUUAAGAACCAUCCAGAGAAAGAAAAGAAGCAGCAGAAACAAGCAGCAAAUAACAAACAGUUCAAGCAGUUAAACUGGAAGAGCCCACCACAAUACAGUCAGCAGUAUCAUCGGAUGCGUGGUGGGCAACAAUACCAUCAACCCCGGAAGCACUACAACCAGCCUCACCGGAAAGAGAGACACAGCUCCCACAAGCAGAGGUCCAGAUAUCACCGAUAGAACCUGAGGUACAUGCAGGUAGACUUAAACAUUUUAUUGACAAUUGGCUUGAGAUUACUGAUGAUCCAAUAAUUUUGAAAUGGCUGGAAGGGUACGAAAUUCCAUUUCAUACUAUUCCUCCGCCUCAUGAGGCAAUACAAAAAGUGUGGCAUGGAAAGGAAAAAGAAAGUAUGACCUGUGAAAUCCAGAAAUUAUUUAAACUUGGUGCAAUUUCACAGUGUUCUCCAGACCCCAAUCAGUUUACAUCUCCAAUUUUUUUAGUACCAAAACCCAAUGGUUCAUUUAGAUUUAUAUUAAAUCUAAAAAAGUUGAAUGAAUAUGUAAUAACACAUCAUUUUAAACUAGAGGAUAUUAGAACUGCUUGCAAAUUGAUAUCAGAAAACUGUUUUAUGGGUUCCAUUGAUUUGUCAGAGGCAUAUCUUUCCGUGCCAAUUGCGGAGACACACAGGAAGUUUCUAAGGUUCCAAUUUGAUGGACAAUUAUUUCAGUUUAACGCUUUACCGUAUGGCCUAUGCUCAGCUCCCUAUGUUUUCACUAAAUUAGUUAAACCAGUUAGUACCUACCUCAGAGAACAAAAUAUAAUUUUGACAUGCUACCUAGACGACAGUAUUUAUUUUAACCAAUCAUAUAAUGGAUGUUUAAAUGAUAUCAAAGUAGCAUGUAAACUAUUUCAGGACCUAGGGUUUGUAAUUAAUUUUGAAAAAAGUUCUUUGACCCCUAGCAAAACAUGCAAGUAUCUGGGAUUUAAUCUUGAUUCUACUAACCUCUCCUUAUCAGUUCCACAGAAGAAACAACUUAGUAUUCUGGAAAUUAUUCAGCAGUUCAAAUGUAAAAGAUCCUGUUCAAUAAGGGAAUUCUCCCAAUUACUGGGAAAACUUAACUCUGUUUGUCCAGCUGUUCCAUAUGGCUGGGUUUAUACUAAACUACUAGAAAGAGAAAAAUAUCUUGCAUUAUUAAAAUCCAAGGAGAACUAUGAAGCCAACAUGAUUCUUCCUAAUAUUAUUUUUUCUGAACUUCAUUGGUGGAGUCAAAAUUUACACAAAUUCAACAUAAUUAAAAAUCACGAUUUUUGCAUUGAAAUUAACACCGA